UCCCGCAGCUGCUUCCGCAAAUAAACGUCAUGGAAGUUCGUAGUUUCCUUCGGCUCGUUUACUUUGUUUUGAACAGUCGCUGUUCACCAUGGAUCUGUGCACAGCCUUCGCACUGAGGAUGGGACCCCGCUGCGAAAGAUAAGAGCUGCACAUGAGUGAUUCGUGGCUCCCCCCUCCAGCAGACAGACAGUGGCUCCAUCAUGGUGGAUGUGAGUAAAUGGCCCAUGUUCAGCCUGAUGAGUGCGCACGAGCUGUCCUCCAUCCGGAAAGCCUGUGUUUUUGGAGCGUCUGCAAACGAGGCCAUCUACAUCACCAAUGACGAUGAGGUGUUUGUCUUUGGCCUGAACUGUGGUAACUGUCUGGGAACCGGGGACAGUUUGAGCACAAUUGUACCUAAGAAACUGGACUUCCUGAGUGACAGAAAGGUGACCAGUUUCAGCUACGGCAGUGGACCUCAUGUGCUGCUGGCCACUGAAGAUGGUGAGCUGUUUGCCUGGGGCCACAAUGGCUACAGCCAACUUGGCAAUGGCACCACCAACCAGGGGGUAUCUCCAAUAGUUGUGUCUGCAAACCUGCUCAAUAAGAAGGUCACUGAAGUCGCCUGUGGGUCUCACCAUUCAAUGGCUCUGACUGACUCUGGAGAGGUCUACGCAUGGGGCUAUAACAACUGUGGACAGGUGGGAUCAGGAUCCACUGCCAACCAGCCUACACCUCGCAGAGUGUCCAGCUGUUUGCAGAACAAAGUGGCUGUUAGUAUUGUCUGUGGUCAGACCUCAUCACUGGCGGUGGUCGACAACGGAGAGGUGUAUGGUUGGGGCUAUAAUGGAAAUGGACAACUCGGUCUGGGAAACAAUGGAAACCAGCUAACUCCAUGCCAUUUGGUUGGUCUGCAGGGGUUAUGUGUGCAACAGAUUGUCUCGGGCUAUGCCCACUCCCUGGCCCUCACUGAUGAAGGCCUGCUGUAUGCCUGGGGCUCCAACACAUAUGGGCAACUGGGUACUGGCAACAAGAGUAAUCAGCUAAGCCCAGUUCAAAUUAUGACAGAGAAAGAAAGAAUAGUAGAGAUAGCUGCUUGUCACUCCACUCACACAUCAGCGGCCAAGACUCAGAGUGGUCAGAUUUACAUGUGGGGCCAGUGUCGGGGCCAGUCCAUCGUGCUCCCUCACCUCACACACUUCACGUGCACUGAUGACGUCUUUGCAUGCUUCGCCACACCCCCGGUCAUGUGGAGGCUUCUUUCCACUGAACAUGAAGAUUUCUUGACUGUUGCCCAGUCUCUGAAAAAGGAGUUUGAUAAUCCAGAUACUGCUGACCUGAAGUUUUGUGUGGAUGGCAAAUAUAUUUAUGUGCACAAAGCAGUUCUCAAAAUCAGGUGUGAACAUUUCAGGUCCAUGUUUCAAUCCCACUGGAAUGAAGAUUUGAAGGAGGUUAUUGAAAUAGAUCAGUUCUCAUAUCCAGUUUACAGAUCUUUCCUAGAGUUCCUCUACACGGACAAUGUGGACCUUUCACCUGAAGAGGCCAUUGGGCUGUUGGACCUUGCAACUUCAUAUUGUGAAAAUCAUCUUAAACGUCUCUGUCAGCACAUUAUCAAAAGAGGAAUAACAGUAGAAAAUGCCUUUUCACUUUUUUCUGCAGCAGUGCGCUAUGACGCUGAGGAUCUCGAGGAGUUCUGCUUCAAGUUUUGUGUCAAUCACCUGACAGAAGUAACCCAGACUGUAGCCUUUUGGCAAAUUGAUGGUCAUCUGCUAAAAGAUUUCAUAUGUCGGGCCAGUCGCUGUGGAGCAUUCAAGAAUUGAUAAUUACCCAACAUGCACUAGGAGAUUUGGCCUUGUAUAGGCUCCAUCAGCAUGGACUGUGCUGAAGAGAUGUGCAUUCUAGUUUAUAAAAGAGAAUCUGCACUGAUCUUGUACAUACUUGAUAAACUGUGUUGUUACAUUUUAACUUGUAAAGAAAAUAUGCCAGCACAUGUGUUGUAUAGUAUAUUUAUUAUUGAUUGAUUGAUUAGUUUUUAUUGAGUGAAGAUGUUUCGCAGUGCAUCCAAGCAGCCUCAGUUCUGUUCACUUAAUGUGACAUUUAUUCAUUUUGGGAGGAACAAUGCUGCUUUGUCUAAAGCUGUUGCAGCUUGUUGCAGUUCUGUUAGUUUCUUUUGUAAAUCUGUUAGGAGAAACACAAAUUUCAAUAUACUUGACACCACAAUAAUUAUUAAUGGUGAUGUGAAUUUACCUUUUUGUUGUUUGGCUACAAGCUCCCCAAGUUUUCCAGAAGCCAUCAUAACCUUCAAUGCUACAUCACAGUCUGCACAAGUUCAACAUGCAUCAGCUUAUGACCUUUCAAUCAUUAAUUAUCAUGAGGACAUUGUUCAUCCAUUUUACCUUGUGUGCUGGCCUGUCCGGAUGUUAUUCUAGUGAAUAUAUCUGUCAUUUCUUGAAUGAAAUUUGUGAAUAUUGCCUGUGCACACCCUGAUGAGGUACAGUUGCUCCAGAAGUAUGAAGGGUCCAUGAGGACACCAUUGGGCUCCACUUGAAGCAGAUAACUCUGUUCACUGUUUGAGGGCUGAAGUUCAGUGACUGCAUCCUCAGUGGUGUCCUGGCUCUCCUUUUGUUGAACUAGAACAAAGACCUUUAUGAUUGGUAUAUCAUACUUAAAUGUAUGAAUUAUAAAUGUACAUACUGCAUACCUGUCACAGUAGCAAUGACAGGGAGAUUUCUGGGAGAAAAACAAAGGUGAACCAUCUAACUACCUAAUAAUGUUAUUUAAUAAAAAAUACAAACCUGUUUAACUGUAGUUUUUCGCAUGAAAUAAAACAAAUAGAUGUAAAUAUCAAUUCAAAUCUGGGGUAUCUUCAAUUUACAUUACAAAAUUUUACACUGACCAGUUCUUGUGAGUUGGUAUUUUCAUCCAAAUCUGACUGUAAAGGGCUAAUCAAGCCUGUGUUCUCACCAGCAUCAGUCUGAUCUAUAAACCAAAAUCAAGUGAGGAUAAAGUGAAUAUAGUUACUAAUAAUAUUCAUACUGCUCAAGUACUUUACCAGAGUCUGUGGACUCAAUUGACAUUAUUCUUCUAGAGUGCCUGGGCGCUCUAAUCUCUUCUUCUCUAUCAGACACAUACAGAUCAGCCAAAAACAGUUAGUUCCCAAAACAUUACUCAUGUUUAAACUGUCAUUUCUAUUAAACUGUCAUACCUGUCAUUGAAGCUCAAUUUCCUCUGUAAAAUAAACAGUUCAAUAACUACAA